AGCUGGAGGAGCGGAGACACACACGGUGCGUGCAGCCCUCGCCGCCGCCGCCGCUGCUGCUGCCGCCGGAGCCGCCGCCGCUGCUGGAGUUGUCCCUGUCGCUUUCCCUGCUGCAGCGGCACAAACGUGACUUCCAACGUCCCGAUUAUUUAUCUUCUCCUCCCGGCCCUUUUCCUCCUCCAAGAUGUAACUACAGCUCUGACACUAAGGACCUGCAGAUCGCUUAGGCGGCUCGAGAAAGAGAAAAGGGGAUAUCAAGGGCGUCGUUUUUUGUAUUUAGGGGGAAAUUUUCCAUUAUAAUGCUUCACUAAAGUGAUUUUUUUUUUUUUUUGUUUCCUUCGCAUUCGUCUUUUUUUUUUUUUCUUCCGUCCCCCAUUUCUCGGAUUUAUUGCUAGGAGAAUCACAUUGUGAGGGAAGAAAGUCGGAUUACAAGAUACCACUACAAACAACCCCCUCCCCCCUGGAUUUUUUUCGGUAUUUUUUAAAAUUCUUUUUUUAAUUGUCUCGGCUUUAAUUCAUGAAGCAAUUGUCCCCAUUUGCAAUCAGAAUUUGGAUACCAGAAUGAGCAAAGAAAGACCCAAGAGGAAUAUAAUUCAAAAGAAAUACGAUGACAGUGAUGGGAUUCCCUGGUCAGAGGAGAGGGUGGUGCGGAAGGUCCUUUAUUUAUCACUGAAGGAAUUCAAGAAUGCACAGAAGCGACAGCACAGCGAUGGCAUUAGCGGGAGCCUCAAGGCAGUGAACGGACUUCUCACUAAUGGCCAAUCUAAAGGAUUAGGACCAGAACAGCUGGAGAAUGAGAAGGACGAUGCAUCGCAAGUGUCCUCAACAAGCAAUGAUGUUAGUUCUUCAGAUUUUGAAGAAGGGCCCUCAAGGAAAAGGCCAAGACUGCAAGCACAAAGGAAGUUUGCUCAGUCCCAGCCAAACAGUCCCAGCACAACUCCAAUAAAGAUAGUGGAGCCGUUGUUACCCCCUCCUGCCACUCAGAUUUCUGACCUCUCCAAAAGGAAGCCCAAGACAGAAGAUUUUCUCACUUUCCUUUGUCUUCGAGGUUCUCCAGCCCUGCCCAGCAACAUGGUAUAUUUUGGAAGCUCUCAGGAUGAUGAGGAUGAGGAAGAGGAGGAGGAGGAGACAGAGGACACAAAAACAGCCACAAACAAUGCUUCAUCGUCAUGCCAGUCAACCCCUAGGAAAGGAAAAACGCAUAAACACGUACCAAAUGGGCAAGUUUUCAAUGGGUCCAGCAAAUCAUCGAAGGAGAAAGAACCUGCUCAGAAACACAAAAGCAAAGAGGCCACCCCAGGGAAGGAGAGGAACAGCGAACAUAAGGCUGAGAGUCGAAAAGACCAGGCUGCUGCUAAUCACCAUGCUACUACAAACACUGGCUCCUCUACGAAAGGGCUCACGGCUAACAACCACCACAGUCUUCACAGAUCGGCUCAGGACUUAAGGAAACAGGUUUCUAAAGUCAAUGGGGUCACUCGACUGUCAUCUCCGAGUGCAAAUGCAGCCAGUGCCAAAAAGAUGAGAGAAGUCAGACCUUCACCGUCCAAAACUGUGAAGUACACUGCAACAGUGACAAAGGGAACUGUCACAUACACCAAAGCCAAGAAAGAACUGGUCAAGGAAACCAAACUAAAUCACCACAAACCCAGUUCACCUGUCAACCACACAAUCUCAGGGAAAAUAGAAAGUAGCAAUGCAAAAACCCGCAAACAGGUGCUAUCCCUUGGAGCAUCCAAGUCUAACAAUACCGCUGUCAAUGGUGUAAAAGUCAAUGGCAAGUUGAACCAAAAGUCAUGCACUAAGGAGGUGGGGAGACAGUUGAGGGAGGGGCUGCGCAAUUCGAAGAGGAGGCUGGAAGAGAUGACUCACAUAGACAAAAUACAGUCGCCCACCAAGAGAAUGAAAGGGGCCGUCAACUUGGCAGAAGCUGCCAGCAAAAAGGCAGCAGUAGAAAAGCCUUUGCUGAAUGGACACCUUAGAAAGGAAGUGCCAGAGAAGAGUUUGGAAAGAAAUAGGCCGAAAAGAGCCACUGCUGGAAAGAGUACGCCAGGGAAACAAGCACAUGGCAAAACUGAAAAUGCCUCCUGUGAAAAUCGUUCUACCUCUCAAGCGGAGUCCUUGCACAAGCCACAAGACUCAAUGGGAAAGCACGAAAAGGGCAGUAGUAAGUCUGGGUGGGGGAUGCUGGGGGAGAUUCCCAUCCUUAGGCCCUCCACCAAGGAAUUUCACCUGGUAGCACAUUUAACACAAGCUGCACACAGCUUUCCUAAUCUACUCCUGUGUUUCCCUUUCCCUUCCUCUGCUGCCUGGUACAUGCGGACCCCAGGAGGCUGCGAGCUCGAUCUGGCCUGCUUCGUCCAGCUGAUCAACGAGAUGGGGGGGAUGCAGCAAGUGACUGACCUCAAGAAAUGGAACAAGCUGGCAGACAUGCUGCGCAUCCCCAAAACUGCACAGGACAGGCUGGCCAAGCUACAAGAAGCCUACUGCCAGUACUUGCUCUCCUAUGACUCCCUCUCCCCUGAGGAGCACAAGAAACUGGAGAAGGAGGUCUUGCUGGAAAAGGAAAUCCUGGAGAAGAGGAAAGGACCUUUGGAGGGACAUUCAGAGAAUGCCUACAAGUUCCAUUCCUUGCCCCGGUUCGAGCCCAAAAAUGGACUCAUCAAUGGCGUGGUUCACAAAAAUGGCUUCCGCAACAAGUUAAAAGAGGUCGAUGUCCCACUGAAGACGGGCAGGCGGCGGCUCUUUGCUCAGGAAAAGGAGACCACGAAGGAGGACGAGGAGGAGGAGGAGGAGGGAGUUCUUAGUGACUUACACAAGUGUAUAUACAAGGGUAGGUCUGUUUCUUUAACAACCUUCUACCGAACAGCAAGAAACAUCAUGAACAUGUGCUUCACAAAGGAGCCAACAGUAGCUGAAGUAGAGCAAGAAUACUGGCGGAUAGUGGAACAGAAAGAUUCCCAUGUAGCAGUGCAUUGUGGAAAAGUAGAUACCAACACCCACGGGAGUGGCUUUCCUGUGGGAAAAUCUGAACCAUUUUCAAGGCAUGGGUGGAACCUCACAGUCCUUCCUAAUAAUUCAGGAUCCAUCCUGCGACAUCUUGGUGCUGUGCCUGGAGUGACAAUUCCUUGGCUAAAUAUUGGCAUGGUCUUUUCUACCUCAUGCUGGUCUCGAGACCAAAAUCACCUUCCAUACAUUGACUACUUACACACUGGUGCUGAUUGCAUUUGGUAUUGCAUUCCUGCUGCAGAGGAGAACAAACUUGAUGAUGUGGUACAUACCCUGCUGCAAGCUAAUGGCACUCCAGGGCUGGAAAUGCUUGAAAGUAAUGUAAUGAUCUCCCCAGAGAUCUUGUGUAAGGAGGGGAUCAGGGUGCACCGUACUGUACAGCAGAGCGGGCAGUUUGUUGUCUGUUUUCCUGGAUCCUUUGUGUCCAAAGUAUGUUGUGGCUAUAGUGUUUCCGAAUCGGUGCACUUUGCUACCACCCAGUGGACAAGUAUGGGCUUUAAAACAGCCAAGGAAAUGAAGCGGCGCCGUAUAGCCAAACCAUUUUCAAUGGAAAAGUUGCUUUAUCAGAUUGCAACAGCAGAAGCAAAAAGAGAAAACGGACCGACUCUGAGUACAAUAUCAUCGCUCCUGGGAGAGCUCAGGGACACGGAGCUGAGGCAGCGGCGGCAGCUCUACGAGGCCGGUCUCCACUCCUCGGCGCGCUACGGCAGCCACGACAGCAGCAGCACCAGCGUGGAUGGCAAGAAAAAGCCUCGAAAGUGGUUGCAGUUAGAAACGUCAGAGAGGAGGUGCCAGAUUUGUCAGCACCUGUGCUAUCUUUCCAUGGUUGUACAGGAGAAUGAAAAUGUUGUCUUCUGCUUGGAGUGUGCCCUGCGGCAUGUGGAGAAGCAGAAGUCAUGCCGGGGGCUGAAGAUGAUGUACCGCUAUGAUGAGGAACAAAUAAUCAGUCUUGUCAAUCAAAUCUGUGGAAAAGUAUCUGGUAAAAAUGGCAGCAUUGAGAACUGUAUCAGCAAGCCUACACCAAAAAGAGGACCUCGUAAGAGAGCGACAGUGGACGUGCCAUCAUCUAGGCUUUCAUCCUCCAGUUCAUCCAAAAGUGCUUCAAGUUAAUCCUGAAGAUGCCAACACUCUCAUUUUGUCAAUUUAUAUAUAUUUUUUGUAAUUAUUAUACCAUAGUUUGGAGUACUUGCUGUAGAAUACAAGCUGUCUUUGCACUAGCUCUAAAGAAGAUUUUCUUCUGGUUUUAGAGAACUAAUUUUGUUUUAGCAUUAAACUGUUGAAAUUUUUUUUUUUGUACUUGGAAUAGAUAGAUACAGCAGUCUGAUUUUUUUAAACUGCCGUAUGUUCACUGUUUUAAAACCGGCAAGGGGCUGAUAAAAUAUUAAUUUGUAUUGUCCCUAUGGCUGAAAAAAUAAAAAGCCUUUUUGGUAACUGUGAAAAAAGGCUUUUAACCCAUUUUUUGAAUAGGUUAAAGUUUGAUGUGUUUUAUAAUUUGUUCUCCAGUCAUGUGAGCAGAUUUUUCUAGAGAGAAAAGGGAUAGGAGACAAAAACUUGAAAGAAAUUGCUUUACUUUGGCUGUCUUUUAUUCUGUCACAGCAAGAUGAGUUUUGUAAUUUUUUAAAUUGGAGAAUACACACUUUCUUUGGGAGGUUAUGGCAGCUGAAGAUGGACUUUGUUUCCUAACUGUAGGCAAAAGGAGGAGAUUUGGAGUAUGUUCUCUUUUACCAGCACAUCACUAUGCAUCUGUUUUGAGGGGGGAAAAAAAUAAAAAAAAAAAUUAAAAAAAAUAUAAAAAAGUUAAAAAAAUAAAAAAAAGGAGGAAAAAAAAGACUGCCUGCCUUGAGGAGUUAUGUGAGGGAAAACUGUGCCUGAUUUCAUUAGGAAAUCCAUUCUGUUAUUUUUUGGUGCUGUUGGCUACUUUAUCAAAAACCCUUCAAUAGCAUCCUUUAAAAAAAAGAAAAAGAUUAAAAAAAAGAAAAAAGUGAUUGAAGCCAUAAGUGCUUCUUUUGUCAUAGACGUGCAAUCUUUCUAACAUUCCAUUUCCAUUCCACUGCUGUUUUUCACACCUUUACACAGUCAAGCAUUAAUUUUUGUUUUGAAUUUGUUUCAUUAUAUGAUCACAUUUAGAGCCACUAGCAAGUCUGCAUAUUUCUUUUGAAUGUGAAAAUGCAUUUGCUUUCAUCUUGUCUGUUUUUUCUCUUCAUGUUAUAACAAAAAAAAAAAAUCACACCUUUUGUACAUAUGCCUGUAAAUUUUUUUAAAUACUUGAGCCUUUUCUUGGGGUGGGGGGAGGGAUGGCAAAGAGACAAGAUGAAGAAAAGCCUUACGUUUCACUUUCUUCAUCGGUUGGAUUGGAUGCUUACAGGGUUUUUCUUGUAACAUUUAUAAGUGCUGCUUACAUCACUGAACAACAACAAAAAAUAAUAAUGGAGUAGCUGUUGCCCUUUUCUGGUUGUGUGUACAGUAUGUGUGGAAUAAAAAAGGGAAAAUGUUUUCACAAACUGUUCUGUUUCGUAAUUGAAUUCAACAAUACCGUAGCUACCCAUAUUGCACUGAGCUUGCCAGUGGUGACUGUCAGGAAAGUCCUAUAAUACAAUUUGUUGGUUGUUGUUGCAGAAGACUGAACUGUUUUGGAAUAUUUAACAAUAACAUAAACAGAGUCAAGUGUUUUCAAAUGUGGUUGUCUGGUUUUUAUGGCCUUGCUGUGUACUUUUCCCUCUUGACAGUAAACUUCUGACUAUGGCUUACAGUUUGACAUUUAAUUUAUUAGCGCUGCUCUGCUCUCUUUCCUUGUAAGGAAAGACUUCAUGUUGUUUAUUGCCAGUUUUUUGUUUACUUUCCAGGUUUGUACUACGAGGUUUAAUAAAAAAAAACAAAACUUUUUUUGA